AUGUCGUCCGUCACCAAUGUCCUUGUGCGCCGGGGCAGCGAGAUUGCUUUCGCCCACAUGCAGCCUGAGACCAAAGAGCCUCAUGGAGGCCUGGUGGCUCUAUUCGUUAUUAGUGGUCUGUUGCUGAGCUUUGCUUUCUGGGCUAUUGAGUAUACCUACGGCAUGGUCAUCGCUACUCUGGCUACGAUUGAAGAUACGAACCCCGAUAUCUAUGUGCGCAUUGCUGCCGACCUUGAUCCCACCAAGCCAAUUGAUGAGGAAGAUCCAGAACUGCUUGCUGCUUCUCCUCCCAAGCCCAUCACCAGCAAGCUGCGCACCGCUGUAAAACACCUGCGCUCCCGUGCUGGAUUCUGGUCUCGCUUCCGAGGAAUGAGCAUGUUCAUGGCCUAUGCUAGCGCUCGUCUCUUCUUGUCGUCUUGGGUCCCUGUGAACUCCUUUGUGUACCAGGCCGUCGUUCAGUCUUUCAUGGGCGUUCUUCUGGCUACUUGGCAAAUGGCUUGGGUACACAUUGUCAUCUCCGAGCCUUCUCCUAAACGCUUCUAUCAGCGUAUCCCCAGCUACAAGACUUGGAUUAAGAUUGCCCCAGCUGCUGCCCUCCAGGAAGUCCUCAUUGGUGUCACAUUCUUCCUCCCCAUGGCCGUUGCCAACUUUGCUGGUUGGCUCGAUGUUUCCGGUGACCUGGAGGUCCCACCCAUCGUGGCUAUCUACCGCUUUGUUGGUGUCAGCGUUGUCCCUGCUAUUUUUGCUUUCUUGAUCUCCAUCCCUGCUCGUGUCAUCUUUGUUCGCGUGGCUGCCUCUAUGCUUCCCGAGGAGGAUGAGACGAUUGUGCCCUUUGAUCGCUCCUUUGGUGGUAAGGUUAGCCCUGCAAUCACAGGCGGCAGCGGCAAGAUUGGCCUUAUGGACGCAUGGACCACCUUUGACUGGGCUGCCCGUGUCCGCUUUGCUAAGAUCAUUGGCAAGACAUUCGCGAUGCAGGUGGCGCUCGGUGUCAUUACCGCUCUAGUCCUUGGUGCUCAGAUCUUUGCGAUGUACAAGACUGCCAAGCCCAUCAAGUCCGACCCUUCUGGACUCUAG